AUGGACGCCACGGGAAGGGCUAUGGUGUUGUUCUUUAUCGCGGGGAUGGCUAGUUUUAUCAUAUUUCAUGUGUAUGGCAACAUUUCGCUCACUAUGGGUCGAUAUUUUCUUGUCCAUCGUGACGUGCAUCAUCAACUGCGUGAACCCAAACCGUUGAAAGCUUCAUUCUACCGGAGCUAUUCAAAGUUUGCUUCACCAAUACAGGCUACUUCGCCACCACGCGUGCAUCAUUUGACUUCUUAUGGUGCAGACCCGAGUGGGAAAACAGAUAGUACACAAGCAAUUGUUGAAGCAAUAUCUGAUGCACUAAAGGGUCCAUCAAAUGGGUUCUUGAUGAAUGGAAUUCUUAAUCUUGGUGGUGCACAAAUUGAACUCGAUGGUGGAAAUUACAUGAUCGGCCGUCCACUUCAAUUUUCUCUUGCUGGACGAGGCAAUCUGGUGAUACAGGGAGGAACUAUAAAGUCAUCGGAUAAUUUCCCCAACGACGGCUACUUGAUUGACUUAUCACCGUCAGACAACAGCUCGUUGGAAUAUAACUAUGAGUUUGUAAAACUAAGAGACCUCUUUUUGGAUGCUAAUUUCCGAGGUGGAGGAAUUCGAGUUGUAAACUCAUUGAGAACAAGCAUUGACAACUGCUACAUUACACAUUUCACCACCAAUGGCAUCCUAGUCCAAGGUGGUCAUGAAACUAAUAUCAGAAACUCCUUUCUUGGCCAACAUAUUACUGCUGGUGGUGACACCGGGGAAAGAAAUUUUUCGGGCACCGCGAUAAAUCUAAUGGGAAAUGAUAACGCAGUCACUGAUGUGUCAAUAUUUUCAGCCGAGAUCGGAAUUAUGAUUUCAGGCGAAGGCAACACACUAUCCGGGGUACAUUGUUACAAUAAGGCCGCGGGCUAUGGGGGUAUCGGGAUUUAUCUAAAAGUACCAUCUGGUUUAACUCGAACGCGAAUAGUGAACUCUUACCUAGACUUCACUGGUAUUGUAGUUGAAGAUCCCGUCCAACUACACAUUUCUAGUAGCUUUUUUCUUGGAGACGCAUAUAUACUUCUCAAAUCCGUAAAGGGUGUUGCCAUUGGAGUAAACAUUGUGGAUAACAUGUUUACUGGUUAUAAUAAGGGUAUCGAUAACAUACAAUUGGAUCAAGAAAAUGGGGGUUUUACGAAGGUUGAUCAAGUGGUGAUUGAUAGGAAUAAUGUGAAGGGGAUGAAUCUUAAGAGCACGGUAGCGAGGCGAAGCGUGCAAGGAAUUGGAAGCUCGUGGUUAAUAGACUUGAAUUCAGAGCUCUUGUUUCCGAAUCUUAUUAAGCAACUACAUUACACGUUCAUAGCAAACGGGAAUGCCUUCCCUAAACACGCACUGAGACACGUGUCAAAUAAUCAAGUGUUGAUCGAGUCAGACGUGCCGGUUGAAGCAACUAUAUAUAUAACAGGGGAUCAAGGAAGUUCUCUAGUAGCUAAUUAA